UAGGAAUAAAAACAUGAUUUUUCUUUCCUAGUUCUAUUCGAUUUCACCACCAUUCCUUGUUGUUGGAUGUAAUUGUAACCCAAUCCAUCCAUAUGUUGAAUCAAUUGCUUUAAGCUUUAUAGUUUCCUCAAAUUCAACCUAACAGAAGAUCCCCUGAGAAAACAGAAUAUACAUUCACAUCAAAGUUGAUGAGGCCGAGGUGGCUAGGAAGUGUUAGAAGCUACGCGAAGCAUCUUCGCAUUGAUGGAGUCAAAGAUACCAUAGCUAUUGCUUCCGGUAAAGGCGGUGUCGGCAAGUCCACAACUGCUGUGAAUUUAGCUGUUGCGCUUGCAAGUAAGUUCCAGUUGAAGGUUGGGUUACUUGAUGCUGAUGUGUAUGGACCCAACAUUCCUAUCAUGAUGAACAUCGACACAAAGCCUGAAGUCACACAAGAUAAUAAAAUGAUUCCAAUUGAUAGUUAUGGGAUCAAGUGUAUGUCAAUAGGGUUCCUUGUGGAGAAGAAUGCCCCGAUUGUCUGGAGAGGCCCCAUGGUAUCAAAAGCUCUUGAGAAAAUGACAAGGGGAGUUGACUGGGGGAACCUUGACAUUCUGGUGAUAGAUAUGCCUCCUGGCACCGGUGAUGUGCAAAUAUCUAUGUCUCAGAAUCUGCAACUAUCAGGUGCACUGAUUGUUUCAACUCCUCAAGAUGUUGCAUUAAUGGAUGCAAGGAGGGGAGUACAAAUGUUCAAUAAAGUUGAUAUUCCGAUUUUGGGAAUCAUAGAGAAUAUGAGCUGCUUUAAGUGUCCACAUUGUGGCGAACCUUCAUAUAUAUUUGGUAAAGGAGGGGCUCAUAGCACAGCCACUGAAAUGGGAUUAAAUUUUUUGGGCGAGGUACCGCUGGAAGUGGAGAUCAGGGAAGCUUGUGAUCAAGGGCACCCGAUAGUGUUGGCCGCACCUGAUUCAGUAGUUUCUAGAGCAUAUGGAAAUAUAGCUGAAAAGGUUGUUCAGAAACUCAAGGAGAAACAAUUUCAACCAGAGAUUUUACUAUGAAAUGUUUCACUUUGCCGUCAUAACACUCCAGUCCCUGAGGAAGAAAAGAGGACCGGGCUGAUUCCCUUAUGCUGUUUAUACGGGGUUUGCUUACUUUUAAAUUUUGUUGAAAUUGUAGUAUAAUAUAACAUGUAGGCCUCACAUAUGAUUUAGAU